AUGGAUCAUAAAAAGUGUAAAGUUGAUAAUAAAAAUAGGAAAUUUUUGACUGAUUGGACUGACCAAUAUUGUUUUACGGUACCUGAUAGGCCUGAAGCUAUUUCAGUUUGCCUUACAUGCAACAUAACUUCCACUCUUGUUAAAAGUGCCAAUUUAAAGCGACACCACGAAACAACUCAUCAGCAGUUCCAUAUGCAGGAAAGCUCCAGACCCCAGAAGCCGUUUUCAGACUCUGAGGCAGUAAAAAAAUGCAUGUUGGAAGUGACCGUGUCACUUUUUGAAGAGAAAACAGAUGUUGCUGCCACAGUUGAACGUAUUCCACUGUCGGCAGGAAGUAGUACAAUGAGAGCUGAAAUUUUGGCUGCUGACAAUAAAAGUAAUGUGCUGGAAACUCUGCAUAAGGGGAGAAUUGCUAAAAAUAUUGCCAUUGGAAGGCAAGACUCAUGGAGAAGAUUUAUUCAAGGCUUUGGAGGCUUCAUGACAAAAUCAAACUUAAGUUUUGCUAAAAUGGUGUCUCUUUCAUGUGACGGGCUGCAGUGGAGAUCAGCCAAGAAAAAGGAGCAUGCGUAUUUUGACCAGACAGUCUUUAGUGAAAAACUUACUGUAACUCUGAAAGAAGUAAUGGCUAAUUUGAUGAAGUUGAUUACUUUUAUGAGGUUUCGUUCUGCUCUUCAGCAAAGACAGUUUAAAGGGAUUCUUUCUGAGUGUGAUUCGGCGCAUACUAACUUAGUGCAGUACAACAACCUCGUUGGCUAA